AUGUUCUGUGACCUACGGGAACUCUAUUGGUGGAAUGGGGUGAAAAAGGACAUCGCGGAAUUUGUGGCCAAAUGCCCUAAUUGUCAACAAGUUAAGGUUGAGCACCAGAGGUCGGGAGGCUUGUCACAAGAUAUUGCUAUUCUUACUUGGAAGUGGGAAGAUGUGAACAUGGAUUUUAUCGUAGGCUUACCACGUACUCGGCAACAACGUGACUCGAUAUGGGUAAUAGUAGACCAGAUGAGUAAGUCUGCUCAUUUCAUUCCCAUCAAGGUGUCCUACUCGGUGGAAGAGUAUGCUAAGUUGUAUGUUAAAGAGAUAGUGAGUUAUUAUUCAAGUAUCGACAUGGCUCCCUUUGAGGCUCUCUAUGGUAAAAAAUGUACGUCUCUUAUAGGAUGGUUUGAAGUGGGAGAAGUUGCCCUCCUAGGUCCGGAAUCGGUGCAUGAGGCCAUUGUGAAGAUUCGGGUUUAUUUGAAAAUCUCACCCAUGAAGGGUGUUAUAAGGUUUGGGAAGAAUGGGAUACUUACUCCUCAGUUUAUGGGUUCUUAUGAGAUUUUGAGGCAUGUUGGCGAGGUUGCAUAUGAGUUAGAUUUGCCAAAUGAGCUAGUGUUGGUGCAUUCGGUGUUCCAUGUCUCAAUGUUGAAGAAAUGUAUAGGGGAUCCAUCAACCAUAGUUCCCUUAGAGGGUUUAGAGAUUAAGGAGAAUCAUGCUUAUGAAGAGGUACCGAUUGAAAUCUUAGAUGGGCAAGUCAAGAGGUUGAGAAACAAGGAAGUUGCCUCUAUGAAGGAUGAGUUGUCUAUUUGA